AUGUUAACAGCAGGAAUGGUAGAAACAAGGAAAUAUGAAAACCGAAAGAUAACCUUCGGAGUUCAAACACUGUCCGAGAAUGUGAAGAAUAUCCAAGUACAAAUUGUUGAUUCGAUACUCGAACGGAUACCGUAUGUAAUAAACAAUGAAAGAGAGCAACUAGUUGAAAGUAAAUGGGGAAAACCAUAUGUAUUAUUAGGUGUGGAAGGGAUUGCAGAUGUAGUCAUUCGUAAUUCCAUGAAGCACCCACCAGGAUGGAUGAUUAUGGAAACAGAAGUAGAAGUGGUCGAAGGCGGCAAACGGAAAGUGGCGCAAGAUAGUGAUACAGGAAACAGAAAUGACGAGUCUUAUAAAUUCAAGCAACUGCGAAUAUAA